CUUAUCACUAGGUCAGCAGGGUACUUAGAUAUGGACGAUUGAAAUAGAUUUGUGGUCAUAACAGCCGUGUCAUCCAUGAUGUUGCAACACUUACUAAAGAGACGCCUGGUGACCAUAUGCUCAGUUCGAAGUGGCCGACGAAAUGUGGUGACCAAUACUGACAUAGCAGAGAGAGACGCCAUCAGAGGUUUCCAGGACAUACCUGGGCCGUCGGGGAUCUACCAGUGGCCAUACAUUGGUCUACGACUACAGCUGAAACCAUUCACUCAAUUUAAAAUCACUCGCCUGGAUCAACUGAUGAUGCACUACAAACACCGUUAUGGUCCCAUCUGUAAAGUGCGCAUGGGCAAGCGCUGGAUGGUGUUUUUGUUUGAACCUUCAGUCAUCGAGACGGCCUUCCGGAAUGAGGGACGGUAUCCACAGCGACCAACUAUAAUGCUUCUAGAACAUUACUUCAAAGGCCAGUCAUGUCCAUCAGUAUCCAUUUUACAAGGAAAAGAAUGGUUUGAAAUGAGACGCCCAGCUCAAAGGACACUGAAAAAACCACAGACACUGGCAAAGUUUAUACCCAAAUUGAGCGAGGUUGCUGAUGACUUCGUGGACAAAUUCAAAGAAAAUAAUGUAAUGGAAAAUCUACCUUUACCCUGUCUGGAGUAUUCAACAGAAGGGUCUGGCACAUUAUGCUUUGGUCUGCGACUCGGCUGCAUUAGAAAUAAAGUUGGUGGCAAAGAGGCAGCCAUAUUGGAACACGUGCGGGGAUUUUUUGGAAUUCUGGGGGAAUCGAUGUACUCUGUACCUUGGUACUUGUUGUAUGAAACACCCUCCUACAGACGAUUUGUGGAGCAUAUCACGUUCAUGACGAGAACUGCUGGUGAACACCUACAAAGAGCGAAACUAGAAUUGAGGAACAAAACAACCGAUACUGACGAUGCAAACUUGAUGAUGGACAUGAUCAAUACCCCGGGUAUGACAACUGAAAUGAUCUCCAAGAACUUAGUAGACCUCUUCAUAGCAGGACUGGAUUCGACAGCCAUGGCCCUAACCUUCCUGUUUUACCAAUUGGCACGGAGUCCUGAUAAACAAGAAAAACUGUUUGAAGAGAUUCGGGAUCAAGUCCCUGCGUCUGGCCCUAUACUGGAGGAUGCACUGCUCCGUCUGCCAUAUCUUAAAGCAUGUCUCAAGGAAUCCUUUAGAUUGGUGUUCCCAGUAUCUAUUGGAAGCACACGGGUACUCCAAAAAGAUACCCAGUUACUGGGAUACAACAUUCCCAAAGGGGUAAGUCAUUCAAAUAAUGAAUAGAAGGGGUAGGUCGUUCAAAUUAUCAGAACAAAGAGACAGGUAGCUCAGAUAAUCAGAAAAAAAGUCGGAAGGUCGCUAACUUAUGCUCACAUAAUCAUAACAAAGGUGUUGGUCGCUAAUUUGAUAAUAUAAUUAUAACACUUGAUAAAGCUUGAUAGUUUUAUUGUUUCAAAAUACAUAUAAUUUUUUAUGGCAAUCUUUUAAAACAAAUUCAGAAGCAUCUUAUAAAUAAACAAUAAAGACAUAAAAAGAGCUUGUUAUCAAUAAAUACAAUGAACACGCCCACUUUCAUUACAAGUGUGUCAUUGCUGGAGGAAACAGUGUAAUCGGGAGGGACAAGACAUUCUUUCCUAAUCCGGAAGCAUUCUUACCUGAAAGAUGGCUUCGCUCGGAACAAACACAUAUACACGGGUUUGCACAAUUGCCGUUUGGAUUUGGCCCCCGUGACUGUAUCGGAAAGCGCUUUGCAGAAAUCGAAGUGUACAUAUGUGUGGCAAAGAUAGUGCGAAACUACAAAAUCAUCCUGCCUGAUGGAGUCCUCGACGUACCAUACAUAUACCAGACAUUUGCAACUCCGGAGAAACCAUUCUCAUUACACCUACAGCAACGAUCAUAAGGAUGAGUGGAUGAGACAUUGUAUUGCGCCAGAUGAUAUUGAGACACUUCGUGCAAUAGAAGUUACAUUUACUUUGUACAGGAAAUUAACAAAAGUUAAGCAUUUUUCACCGAAUUCGAUACAGCUUUCUAUGCAUGUAAUGUUUGUCCAAAAUUACCCUAGACAUUGUUUUUUCUUAGGUCUAAAAAGUCCUGUUUCAUGUGUUUACAUAAUGUUCCUAUAUACAUAAUAUACCAACAAAAUCUCUGAUAUUCCGUCCUUGUCAUUACUGUACAUGUGAUGGCCAUUUCUACUCACAAUACGAAGGUAUACUUAACUCAUGUGUCUAUAUAUAUAUAUUUCCUACGGAUACAGAAUUGUAAAUCAGUACAUAUCAUGUCGUCGUAAUCAUAUUGAUUAUUAACAUAUCUUUUGUAAAACUUUUAUUGUGUUAUUUGUAUCUAGGAACUUCUUCCUUGGCCACUGGUACCGCCAAGCCUGUUGCACCCAACUCAAAUAUAAUUUUAUGAAGUUUUCAUAAGACUUUUAAUAUUAAAGUCAUAAAGGAUGUGAAGAUAU